AUGCCUCGCGCUCCCGCCGUGGUCAUCGUUGCAAGGCACGUCCCGCACGGUGCCCGUCUCGAUGCCUCCGACAAGACAUGGCACCUUACCUCGCCCACGCCUUACGACCCUCCCCUCACCUAUGGCGGCUGGACCCAGUCGCGCGCACUCGGCACCCGCAUCGCCAGCCUGCUGCAAGCCCGCGAAGAUGGCAGCAUUGCGUCCCCCGCCUCCCACAGCCGGAGCAACAGCCUGGACGCUGGCCUCGGGCAGCGUGCUUCUCCCAGCCCAGACCACUGCCGGAAGCGGAAGCACAAGGUCGUCGUCCACAGCUCGCCCUUUCUCCGCUGUGUCCAAACUGCCGUUGCAAUCAGCGCCGGCAUUGCGCAGUACCAGGGCUCGCCGCCAGCCUCGCGCUCCCGCAGCAACUCGCCGCGCCGCCGCGCCUCCUUGCACACCACCACCCUCAACGGCCGCGGCACCGAGCGUUCCCCGGGCCCCAAGGCCAUUCCCGAGCCGGAAGACAACCCAACCCGCAAUGUCUUGGGCAAGGCGUUACAAAAGAGGGGCAUUGAGAAGACGGCGCUGCGUGUCGACGCGUUCCUAGGCGAGUGGCUUUCGCCGGAUUACUUCGACAUGAUCACACCGCCUCCCAAUUCGACCAUGAUGGUUGCGGGUGCCAAGGCGGACCUGCUCCGUCGCGGCGAAUACAUAGAUACCCGCCCCAACUCUUCGCAAGGAUCUGGCCAUUUUCCCGGCGGCUGGGGCUCUGAUAGAGGCGCUGGCGCAGCCAACAAUUCAAACCCCACCAACCAUUCGCUUUCAGCUUUGGGCAGUUUGGCCCAAGCCCUCCCUCUUCGCGAUAGAGCUAGCAGCCAAGGAAGCGCUUCGAGUGCUGCCAGCAGAGUCAGUCGCAGGCGCGACAUGGCCAUCCCGACCACGACGAAAUCCGACGCCGGUGUUUACAGACCUCCCGUGCCUUCGUACGCCGUUUCUCCCGCCGAGCCGAUUCCCAGGGGUUAUGUCGCACACGCACGAGACGCGUGUGUCGCGGUUGACUAUCAGUGGGACAGCAUGCGCGAGCCGCAGGAGUGGGGUGAUGGAGGCGAAUUUGGCGAGGAGUGGAGUGCGAUGCACAAGCGCUUUCGACGCGGCCUGAACAGGAUGUUUUCGUGGUACAAGGAGCACGGUUCUGCAGGUCACCCUGACGAGGCCGUCGUUGACGCUGCGGAAGAGGAAGAGGAGGAACUCGUCUUGGUUCUCGUCACUCACGGCGCUGGCUGCAACGCCUUGAUCGGUGCCUUGACGAAUCAGCCAGUCCUUCUUGAUGUUGGUAUGGCCUCGCUGACCAUGGCGAUCAAGAAGGAACCCUCGAAUCAGCCGCCGUCAGAACCUGUGAGCCGCACGUCUUCGCCCUUGAAUGAGCGUCGUAGAUCCGGUCUCGAGAACGCACUAGCGGACGAGUAUGAAAUGGUUAUAGUCGCGUCAACGGAACACCUACGCGUUGGUGCUGACCCGGCUCGGCCCGCGCUUCUAGCGGACAACUCUCUUGAUCAAAUGAGUGACUUCCGCCGUCGCUACGCCGGAAGCUCCACGGACGGCGCCGGAGACACCGGACGGAGAACAAGCAGUUCAUUGGGCAGCAUCAGGCGCAGCUCAACCCUUCACUCUCUUACCAGGAGUUAUACGCCCAGCCCCGGCCGCCAUACACCAAGCAGCCCAAGUCUCGCGCCGACAACCGGACUGUGGAGCAAGCCGGCUCCGAAGGAAGAAGCCGUUGCCGAGACGAACAACGGGGUUAGUGUGGACUUCCUGCUGAAUUUUGGAGUGAACAACACCGCAAAUGCCAAGCAAGAGAUUGCAGCUCCAGAGAAGGAAGAGGCUCAGGAUGACAUUGCACCACUGCCUCCGAAUAUUGGACGGUCGAUGAGUCAGCAUGGGCUCUGGGGAUCUGUGCCGUCAGGAGCGCGCACAGAGAGGGAGAGGGGACCGAAAAGACGUUGGACCAUCAACGAACGGGAUGCUUGA